CUGCCAGCGGGAAACGGCUGGAAAAACAGGGGUUUCCCGGGGAAUACAGGAGACUUGGCAGCUAUGGGUUAUGUACAGACCUCCGGAACCAAUUGUUUGUAAACUGAGGUACCACUGUAGUCGCCUUUGACUGGGCUUGGACUGUCCAGGGGUCCUUUACCUUUACCUUUUUUGCUCUGGCUUUGCAUUCGGAGGCAGAAACGCUCCUGAAAGCCAGUUGCUGGAAUCACAGGAGGGGAGAGAUGCUCUUGUGCUUGGAUCCUGCUUGCGGGUUUCCCACAGGCACCUGGUUGGUCACUGUGAGAAAAGGACACUGGCCCAGUCCUCUUUUAAAGCCAUCCAGGCUGGUGCCCAUCGCUGCCUCCUGUGGCAGGGAGUUCCCCAAUCUGUGCUGAAUCUUCCCACAUCCGGCUUCACUGGAUAUUCACGAUUUCUUGUGUUAAGAAAGAGAGAGAAAAUCUUGUUCUCUGUCCACUUUCUCCAUGCCAGGCAGUUUUAUAAACGUCAGUCAUGUUCUUUUUCCUCUAAAGAAAAGGCUCUUUUUUUUUUUCCUAGCGGUGAGAGUGUGGUACCCCAGGACCUGGGAAGACCAGAGUUCAAUUCCCCACUCGGCCAUGAAGCUCACAGUCCUUGCCUCUCAGCCUAACCAACCCCACAGGGUUGUUGUUGUGGAGAUGGGGGGAAAGAGCAGGAAAAGAACCAAGAAAAGUAAAAAAAGUAAAGUAAAAAUGAAUUGUAAGCCCCACACGUUGUGAGAAGUGCCAAGGAGGGCAAGGCAGAGCAACCGGGGGGGGAGCAAGGCCCCCUGUGUAACGCACACACCCCGGACAAAUGGCACCAACCUUUCUGCAUGUGCGAUUGUGUUUUGUUAGCACAGCGGGAAAGACUUGCACCCGGUGGAACUACAGUACAGCCUCCCUCCAGGCACCUCCAUUGGACUACUCCUUUCGGGGCAUCAGCUUCAUGCAAGACCUGCUGACAGAGGAGCCGAGGGCCGGCUUGAAGCCCAUCCAUCGGUCCGAAGGGGGCCGGCUGCUGACACAGGCCAUCUGGCUGAACAACAACACCCUCGGGGACCUGACCCAAUUCACAGAGACUGUGAGCAAGCUCCUGGAAUACCCAGAGGAAAUCUACUGGAUCGACCUCUCCUUCAAUGACCUGCCCAUCAUCGACCCGGUGCUGACUUCCUUCUACAACCUGCGCCACCUCAACCUUCACGGGAACGCCAUCCAGCAGCUUUCAGAGGUGGACAAACUGGCAGUGCUCCCGCACCUGCGCAACCUGACGCUGCACGGAAACCCCGUUGAGGAGGAGAAGGGCUACAGGAGCUACGUCCUGUCCACUCUGCCCAACUUGAAGUCCUUCGAUUUCAGCGGAGUCACGAAGCUCGACCGCACCACUGCGGCCGUCUGGAGACGCAUGAACAUCAGGCCAAAGAAAGUCCGGAGGAGAAGGGACGACUACUGACGGCCCUACCGCUCUGGCGGCAGGGAGAGGACGGCCCUGCAACCUGCAGCCUCUAUUGGGAAUAAAGAAUUCGAGCAGCUUGGCAUGGCAGAGCAUGGAUGGGGGCAGGGAGUGGGCCGGGGUGGU